GAGAGGAGAAAAAGAAAGGCCUCACGGCCAAGGAGAAAAAAAAAUAAAAAUUCUUGGAGCUCAAAUCUUUGGUUCAAAAUUCGUCUCUUUUGAAUUCCUACUAAGUUGGAAACCCUCUUCAAUGUGAUACAAAUUUGGAGGCAAGAGAGUACUUUUUUUAUCAAGUGGAAAUUCUUGAAAAAGAUAUUGGAGAGCCCGAGACUUGAGUCGGGAUUUAUUAGCGAGCGAUCGAAAUUUGGUUAGCGAGCGUUCGAGGUUUGGGAUAGUAAGAAGUACACACGAACCUCUGCCCAAUUUUGUCAUUUUCUCUGAUUGUAACGAAACACAAGCCACAAGGUAAGGGAACCACGGCAAGGGAAUGAAAACUAGAAGGAAAGAGAACAAAACCAGUGGCAAGAGUAAGCCAAAUUCUCGGUAAAAAUGCAGCUUUACACUUGCGGUUGAAGUGAGCGAAUAAAGAAGAGAUAUGAAGAAGCUUAGGUGGGCAAUGGACUCUGGUGGAUUUUGGGAAUUGGACUUAUCCACUCCAAUUACUCUCAGCGGCCAAGCACGCUCAGUUCCUGGUGAACCAUUGCCAUUGGGGUUGUCUCGUGGCUCAAGGCUUUCAAGAUGUCAACAAAUUGAUUUCUUUCAGCGCUUCAUGGCCAUGCCUUUCGUCCCUUCUUUCUCCCCCAACACCGGCUUCUUCCUUCAACGGGUUCUUUCUCUCCCUAUUGGUGAGAGCUGGUCUACUAUGCUGCUUGGACAGUUAAAUGUCCAGAAAUUUGUUUCUUCUCUAAGAAAAAAUAAAACUAAGCAUCUGCCAGACUCCUCAUGGCUUCAAUCCAUUGGAAGGAACUUUAUCCAAAAAUCUUUUUAUGCCCUUGGCUUCUCUUCAGAGCUGUCUCUCACACCUGACGAUACAUUGCUCAUAAGUUUGGAUGCUUAUGGUGAUGAGAAGAUGCCUCAGAAAAAAGCAGUUCUACAUCAUAAGUGUCUCCUGUUGAAGAUUCCACUUGGGAGGAUCUGCAUCAUUUCAAGCAUGCCUUUCCAAAUUCCAAAUUCUAGCCUGAGUACAAGCGUUUUUCUCCUGGAAGGGACUAAUAUUAUCAAUGCAUUUGUAAUAGUACUUUCCCAAUUUCCUCAUCAUAAUCUUACAAUGGAGGCAGCUUGGCCAGGACUUUUUGUUGAUGGGAACGGGAGUUACUGGGAUGUACCAUUCUCACUCGCACUUGAUCUUGCAUCAACGGCUCUUGACUCUGGUGCAAGCUAUCAUUUGUUUUUCAACAAUUGUGCAGGUUCACCCAAGCAGUAUGAAGGUCAGCAUAGUGAUGAGCUACCACCUGCUGCUUUGCUUCCAGGAUUCACAGCCAAAGGUGUAGCUUCCUUGAAGAAAAAUAUUGACCUUUGGCGAAGUGAAGCGUCUAUGCUAAAAAUGGUGCAACCAUAUGAUAUAUUCCUGUCUAAUCCUCAUAUUUCAGCAUCAUGGAUCCUUGGUGCUGUUUUUUCUGCAUAUCUCGGAGACAAUUCAAUGAAAGGACAACGAUCAUGCAGUUUACAGGGUCUAAAAGAUUUUGACCUUCGAAUCCAAGGAGUGAAUUCUGCUGUUACAGUGGACUCAUUUGCAUCUGCUUCACUCACUGCACAGCACGGAAAUUUCCAAAGGCUGUUCCUGGAUCUCACUCGUGUCAAUACACGCUUCGACUUUCCUUCAGGAUCGAAACUUCUUUCUGGAAUAACCUCUGUGGCAUACAGUCUUUACAAUUCUCAAGAACCAAAAGUUGAGGCACUACAGGCAAUUUGUCCGCGUGCCUCUCUAUGUUUUCAGCAGCAGAUCAUAGGACCUUUCAGCUUUAGAGUUGAUUCAGAGAUCGCAAUUGAUUUGAAGAAGGAUUGGUGCUUAAGUGUGAAGAAUCCUGUAUUUGCCAUUGAACAUGCUUUGCAAGUUCUCUGGUCUGCCAAGGCUGUUGCUUGGUAUUCCCCCAUGCAGCGUGAAUUCAUGGUAGAACUUCGCUUUUUUGAAACUUAAUGUCACCAUCAUCUGGAAUGCAGUUAAUAUUUGUUAUAAUUCUCUCUGGGUCUUGUGUUGAUAAUUCUAGCUAUUCAGAGCCACUGUGCCUGGUUAUCUCGUUUGUUUGGCAUACUGUCUCAGUUAAUGCAGUUUCAUUUACUGAUUUCUAUUUUGCGGGAAUUAGUUGGGAUAUUUUUGAGUAAGUUUAUGCUUUGUAAAAAUUGAUUGUGAGACUAUGUUUGUAUUUCUUCUCAAAAUGUUGUUUUAAUUGUCAACAUAAUAAAAAUUUGUUGUUGAUUUGUAA